AUGGCACCGCUACCCAUCAAGUUUACAGAACUGGUCAAUUUGACCAAUGUCGGAAUCGCGCCGCAGUCCAUUGGCUUCACCUCAUGCACCCUGGAAUCAGACCACUAUGUCUGUGUUCGCCAAAAGCUGGACGAGGACGAAAAGCCUCAAGUCAUCAUCGUCGACCUGAAGAACAACAAUGAAGUCAUGCGUCGGCCGAUCAACGCGGACAGUGCGAUCAUGCACUGGAACAAGAAUAUCAUCGCGCUCCGGGCCCAAGGCCGCACAAUUCAGAUCUUCGACCUUGGCGCGAAAUCAAAGCUCAAGUCGGCCGUCAUGAACGAGGACAUUGUUUACUGGAAGUGGUUCAGUGAGAACUCUCUGGGUCUGGUCACCGAUACCGCGGUCUAUCACUGGGACGUUUACGACGCCUCCCAGCAGAACCCUGUGAAGAUAUUUGACCGUCUUCCUAACCUCUCGGGAUGCCAAAUUAUCAACUACCGCGUGAACUCCGAGGAGAAAUGGAUGGUUCUGGUUGGUAUCAGCCAACAGCAAGGUCGCGUUGUCGGAUCUAUGCAGCUUUAUUCCAAGGAGCGCGGCAUUUCGCAAUUCAUCGAAGGUCACGCCGCUGCCUUCGCCGACAUCAAUGUCGAGGGCUCUCCCUUGCCCCACCACCUUUUCACAUUCGCUGUGCGCACUCAGACUGGCGCCAAGCUGCAGAUCGCCGAGAUCGACCACCAGGAACCCAACCCGCGCUUCCAGAAGAAGGCUGUUGAGGUUUACUUCCCCCAGGAGGCGGUCAAUGACUUCCCCGUCGCCAUGCAGGUGUCCUCGAAGUACGACGUGGUUUACCUGGUGACUAAGUACGGUUUUAUCCACCUCUACGAUCUCGAGACUGGAACCUGCAUCUUCAUGAACCGCAUUUCUAGCGAAACCAUCUUCACCACAGCUUCGGAUAACGAUGGCCAGGGCCUGGUUGGUGUCAACCGCAAGGGGCAAGUUCUGUCUGUCAGCGUCGAUGAGGGCACCAUUAUCGAGUACCUCAUGAACAACCCUGCUAUGUCUUCUCUCGCCGUGAAGCUUGCUUCGCGAGCCGGUCUCCCCGGUGCCGAUCACCUGUACCAGCAGCAGUUUGAUCAGCUUAUCUCCACAAACCAGUUCGCCGAGGCCGCCAAGGUUGCGGCCAAUUCUCCCCGCGGCUUCCUUCGUACUCCCGAAACCAUCAACCGUUUCAAGAACGCUCCUCAAGAGGGUCAGAUGUCCGUCAUCCUGCAGUACUUUGGUAUGCUUCUGGACAAGGGCUCACUCAACCGUUACGAGAGUGUGGAGCUUGUGCGUCCCGUUCUGCAGCAGAACCGCAAGCACCUGUUGGAGAAGUGGAUGCGCGAGAACAAGCUCGAGUGCUCCGAGGAGCUUGGAGACAUUAUCCGCCCCUACGAUAUGCCUCUCGCUCUGAGCGUUUACCUCCAGGCCAACAUUCCCCACAAGGUUGUUGCCGGUUUCGCUGAGACUGGUCAAUUCGACAAAAUUCUUGCUUACUCCAAGCAGGCCAACUACCAGCCUGACUACACACAGCUCCUGCAGCACAUUGUGCGCGUCAACCCCGAGAAGGGCGCUGAGUUUGCCACACAGCUCGCCAACGAGGAGGGCGGUACCCUUGUUGAUCUCGACCGGGUUGUGGACGUAUUCCAGUCCCAGAACAUGAUCCAGCAGGCCACCUCUUUCCUUCUCGAUGCUCUGAAGGACAACAAGCCCGAGCACGGCAACCUCCAAACUCGCCUUCUGGAGAUGAACCUCGUCAAUGCACCUCAGGUCGCGGACGCUAUCCUGGGCAACGAGAUCUUCACAAACUACGACCGUGCUCGUAUCUCGCAGCUUUGCGAGAAUGCUGGUCUCAUCCAGCGCGCUCUGGAAAACUCCGACGACCCCACUGUGAUCAAGCGCAACAUUGUCCGUACCGACAAGCUCAGCCCCGAAUGGUUGAUGAACUACUUUGGCCGUCUGUCUGUCGAGCAGACCCUUGAUUGUAUGGACACUAUGCUGGAGUCGAACAUUCGCCAGAACCUCCAGGCUGUGGUUCAGAUCGCUACCAAGUUCUCCGACCUUCUGGGCGCCAACCGCCUGAUCGACCUUCUCGAGAAGUACCGCACUGCUGAGGGUCUGUACUACUACCUCGGCAGCAUUGUCAACCUGAGCGAGGACCCCGAGGUGCACUUCAAGUACAUCGAGGCUGCGACUGCCAUGGGCCAGCUUACUGAGGUCGAGCGUAUUUGCCGUGAGAGCAACUACUACAAUGCUGAGAAGGUUAAGAACUUCCUGAAGGAGGCUCACUUGACCGAGCAACUGCCUCUGAUCAUCGUUUGCGACCGCUUCAACUUCAUCCAUGACCUUGUUCUCUACCUCUACCAGAACCAGCAGUUCAAGUCAAUCGAGGUUUAUGUCCAGCGCGUCAACCCCUCUCGUGCCCCUGCCGUUGUUGGUGGCUUGCUGGAUGUUGACUGUGAAGAGAGCAUCAUCAAGAACCUGCUCUCCACUGUGGAUCCCUCCGUUAUCCCCAUCGACGAGCUUGUCCAGGAAGUCGAGAGCCGCAACCGUCUCAAGCUACUCCUUCCCUUCCUUGAGGCCACCCUUGCCACUGGCAACCAACAGCAGGCGGUCUACAAUGCUCUCGCGAAGAUCUACAUUGACAGCAACAACGAUCCUGAGAAGUUCCUCAAGGAGAACGAUAUGUACGAUACCCUUAUUGUCGGCAAGUACUGCGAGAAGCGUGAUCCCAACCUGGCCUAUAUCGCCUACCGCAAGGGUCAGAACGACUUGGAGCUCAUUUCCAUCACCAAUGAGAACGCCAUGUACCGUGCCCAGGCCCGUUACCUUGUCGAGCGCGCCGACGCCGAGGUUUGGACUUUCGUACUCAGCGAAAACAACGUUCACCGUCGCUCGCUCGUUGACCAGGUCGUUGCCACUGCUGUUCCCGAGUCGACCGAGCCCGAUAAGGUUUCUGUGGCCGUCAAGUGCUUCCUUGACGCCGAUCUCCCUGGCGAGCUGAUUGAGCUUCUCGAGAAGAUCAUUCUCGAGCCCUCGCCGUUCAGCGACAAUGCCAGCUUGCAGAACCUGCUGAUGCUGACUGCCGCCAAGGCCGACAAGAGCCGCCUGAUGGACUACAUCCACCAGCUCAACGAGUUCUCUGCCGAUGAGAUCGCUGAGAUGUGUAUUAGCGUUGGUCUGUACGAGGAGGCUUUCGAGAUCUACAAGAAGGUCAACAACUACCUUGCCGCCGCCAACGUCCUUGUUGAAAAUAUUGUCAGCAUUGACCGUGCCCAGGAGUUCGCUGAGCGGGUUGAGCUGCCCGACGUCUGGAGCAAGGUUGCCAAGGCCCAGCUGGACGGCCUCCGCGUUUCGGAUUCUAUCGAGUCUUACAUCCGCGCUGGUGACCCGUCCAACUACAACGAGGUUAUCGAGACUGCUACCCACGCUGGCAAGGAUGAGGACCUUGUCAAGUUCCUUCGCAUGGCCCGCAAGACCCUACGGGAACCGGCUAUCGACACUGGUCUCGCUUUCUGCUUCGCCCGCCUCGACCAGCUCGCUGAGCUCGAGGACUUCCUGCGCUCCACCAAUGUGGCCGACAUCGAAGCCUCUGGUGACAAGGCCUAUGAGGAGGGUUACCACCAGGCUGCCAAGAUCUUCUUCACUAGCAUCUCGAACUGGGCUAAGCUGGCCACCACCUUGGUCCAUCUGGAAGAGUACCAGCCCGCUGUCGAGUGUGCCCGCAAGGCCAACAGCAUCAAGGUCUGGAAGCAGGUCAACGAGGCCUGCGUUGACAAGAAGGAAUUCCGCCUAGCCCAGAUCUGCGGACUUAACCUGAUAGUCCACGCCGAGGAGUUGCAGGCUCUGGUCCGCCAGUACGAGCGCAACGGCUACUUCGAUGAGCUCAUCUCCGUUCUCGAGGCCGGUCUCGGCUUGGAGCGGGCUCACAUGGGUAUGUUCACUGAGCUUGGCAUUGCCUUAUCCAAGUACCACCCCGACCGUGUCAUGGAGCAUCUGAAGCUCUUCUAUGCCCGCCUGAACACUCCCAAGAUGAUCCGUGCCUGCGAGGAGGCCAAUCUGUGGCCGGAGCUGGUCUUCUUGUACUGCCACUACGACGAGUUUGAUAACGCCGCUCUUGCCAUGAUGGAGCGUGCGGCUGAUGCUUGGGAGCACCACUCUUUCAAGGACAUCAUCGUCAAGGUUGCCAACCUGGAGAUCUACUACCGUGCCUUGACCUUCUACCUGCAGGAGCAGCCUCUUCUCAUCACCGAUCUGCUGCAGGCCUUGACUCCCCGUAUCGAUGUCAAUCGUGUUGUUCGCAUUUUCAAGAGCUCGGACAACAUCCCCUUGAUCAAACCCUUCCUGCUCAAUGUUCAGACCCAGAACAAGCGUGCCGUCAACGACGCAAUCAACGAGCUGUUGAUCGAAGAGGAGGACUAUAAGGUCCUGCGUGACUCUGUGGACAACUACGACAACUUCGAUGCCGUGGAUCUUGCCGCGCGCCUGGAGAAGCACGACCUGAUUUUCUUCCGCCAGAUCGCUGCCAGCAUCUACCGUAAUAACAAGCGCUGGGAGAAGUCUAUUGCUCUUUCGAAGCAAGACAGGCUCUACAAGGACGCCAUUGAGACCGCCGCUAUCUCGGCCAAGUCCGAAAUUGUUGAGGAGCUCCUCCGCUACUUUGUUGAUAUCGGAAGUCGCGAGUGCUACGUUGGUAUGCUGUAUGCCUGCUACGACCUGAUCCGUCCCGACGUGAUCAUGGAGAUCUCGUGGCGCAAGGGCCUGCACGACUUCACUAUGCCGUUCAUGAUCAACUUCCUUUGCGAGCAGACUCGGGCGAUCGAGACGCUGAAGAAGGACAACGAAGAGCGCAAAUCCCGCGAGACCUCGCAGCAGACCGAGCAAGACAACACCCCGAUUCUGGGCGGCUCCCGGCUCAUGCUGACCCAGGGUCCCGGCGGUCCUGCGCCCGCCACUCCGUCCUGGGGUUCAAACGGGGUCACCCCGCAAGCCACCGGGUACCGCGCGUUCUAG